AUGGCGAGUCCAGUGAGAUCUACUACAACAAAGAAAAAAUUUACUCGACAUGCAUCUAAAAGUCCAAAACGUAACCAAUCUCCAUCACGAAUUCAACCAGACAUAUCAUUCGAAUCGGAAGAAUUUGCAUAUUCAGAUCCAAUGAAUUCUUCUCGAUCAUUAAUGCAAAAUGUAGUAUUUAAACGACAUGAUCGUGGAAGUUUAUCACCUCAAGCAACUCAAUUAUUUAAUUCUCAAAUGACGUUUGAAGAUGAAGCCGAACGUUCAUGGCUUCUUGAAAAUAUUCGUAGUACAACAAUAUCGAUUAAAGUUGAUCAAACUGUAGUCACAAUAAAUGGAAACUACGCUUUCAGAGAAAAUCAGCCAUGUGUUCUUUUUCUUCAUGGAUUUGGUUCAACAAGAAAUUGGGCUAAUUGGAUAAAAUUAGCCUAUCCAUUGAGUCAACGAAAUCAAUAUUCAGUUAUUUUUGUUGAUUUGCCUGGUUUUGGUCAAUCAAGUGGUCGUAAUUUAGAUCAGACAAGUUGGAAACGAUAUGGACCUGAAAUUCUCAUUGCCAUUCUCUCAAGUUUCCAUCUUCGACAUUCAGCUAGUGUUGUUGCUCAAUGUGGUGGAGCAGCUACAACUGUUCGUACUAUUAAUCGAUAUCCUCAAUGGUUUAGAGAUCGUGGUCUUGUAUUUUCCAAUAGUGUUAUUGGUGAUUUUGGUGAAUCAAAAGUUGGAGGAUUUGAAAAUAAUCUAACAAAAUUUAAUAUACAUAUUGUUGUUUAUUGGAUUCCUGAUCAAGAUCAUGCGAAACAUUGUGUGGCAUACAAGCGAUGGAAUAAAUUGCGUUUAGCAGGUUUUCGUAAUUUACAAUUAAUUGAUCUCGAUCCAGCUACACAAACGUUGAAACAAUUCUAUCCUGUAAUACAUGUCGUUAAUAUCAGUCGUUGUUCAUCAAAAAAUGAAGCCUAUGUUUAUAAACUAAGUGAUGAAUUUAUUCAACAAGUUAUUAAUAUAUUAGAUCGAAAAUCAUAA